AUGACGGUGGAAAUCGACGAGUCAUUCAAGAAACCGGGCGCCGUCCCGUUCAAAUGGGAGAUCCGACCCGGCGUCCCAAAGCUCCAACACCACCACCACCACCAAAACAAACAACAUUCUCCCUUACCCAAAAAGCUCUCACCUCCGGCACUCUCUCCACCAUCAUCACAACCUUCCUUCAUAAUCACCUCCCGCUCCGCCCACUCUUCCCCAAGAAUCAGCCGCUCCUCGUCCAUCUUCCUCACCCCGCCUCCAAACCUCGGAUCGGGCCGCUCCUUCCGAUCCGCUCCCCGGGCCCAAUCCGAGCGAUGGGGAACGGCCCAUCGACAGCAGCCCGAGCUCGUCGCCCCUUCAGCCGGGUGCUUCUUCAAUCUGCCCAAGCUGUUGUUGCUGAGAAGGCGGGGGAAGAAAAGCAAGAGCAAGAGUAAGAGGAUGAGUACUGCUGUCCCUGUGGCGGAGGAGGAGAGCUGUUAUGAUUCGGGUUCCGAUCUGGAGUCGUUCUCUCGGUGGUCGGUGUCGAGCCGGCGGUCUCUGUCGCCGUUUAUGGACUCGCCGGCGUCGCCUUACUCGUACUCUUCGUCGUCGUACGAUCAGUUUUCGCCGCGGCCUCUGGGUGACGCACAGUGGGCCGGCUUUGGGCUCUUUUGA